GAAAUCAUAUUGUCCUCGGAUACUUAUUUACUGUAACACCUUUUAACAUCUCCCUACAAUUAUUAUUUUGCUGAACACCCUUGGAAACUUUGAUGUAGAAAUUAUAAUUUACCUUCACAGUAGAUAUCUUCUCUAUAGGAAAUCCUGGAGGGAGACUCAGCCCUUGGCAAAUGUGUCACUAGCAGAGGUAUUCUCAUAGUCCCCAGCCUCUUGUUUAUGAACGUACUUAACUAAUUUGCCUUAAGAUACUGUGGAGUUCUUAUUAGGGGAAAGGGAAUCAGGCUGGUGUGAGCAAGGAAAAGCAAAAAGAGAAAGCAGAUGAGCUACAAGUCUGCCUUUCUUCACAGUCCAGGACACACAGCCCUCCUAUACAAAUAACUCACAGUCUUCCUGUACCCACCUAUCACCAGACACCAGCAAGUUAGCUCCCUGCAACCUUGGCGUUUUCAACACUGCACAAAGCCCUCUUCAACAAACGGCAUAAUCACCAUCCUAUAAAAUCUUCAGCAAGCCUUUGUUUCUCUACAGUCCGCUUCUGCUGACUAGCCUGUUGUCUCCCUGGCAACGUGUUUUCCUACUUUCUCUAAUAAGUCUGCCUUCCUUUACCUACAACUGUCUUGGUAAAUUCCUUUACCCUUGUGCCAGCAGUUGGCAUUUCCCCACAACAGAAAUCCCCUGGUUUUAAUCAUUAGUCUUGUCUCUAACUCUGGAGAAAAAGGUUCUGUCCUUUGUUAAGAGAAUUUGUUCCACUGGAGGGUUUGGAAAAGAGUGUAUAUGGUUCCUAACAUCUAUGAGUAGGUAGAUGCUUACUGACCCCAUUUUAUCUUAAUGUUCACUUUUGGGUUUUCAUAACACAAAGUCAGUGUUUUCAUAGAUAGAAAUACCUGGGCUAUAAGGAAUUAGAGGCAAGGUGGGAUUCUAUCUAUCUAAUUUGAUUUUUUCUCUCUCAUCUCCAUAGAUUUCUCAGAGAAUGGGUAUAAGAAACCAUUCCACAGAGACUGAGUUUCUUCUUUCAGGAUUAACUGAACAACCAGAGCUUCAGCUGCCCCUUUUCUGCCUCUUCUUAGGAAUUUAUACAGUUACUGUGGUGGGAAACCUUGGCAUGAUCUCAGUAAUUAGGCUGAAUCCUCAACUUCAUACCCCCAUGUACUACUUUCUGAGUAGUUUGUCUUUUUUAGAUUUCUGCUAUUCUUCUGUCAUUAUCCCUAAAAUGCUAUCAGGGUUUUUAUGCAGAGAUAGAUCCAUCUCCUAUUCUGGAUGCAUGACUCAGCUGUUUUUUUUCUGUGUCUGUGUUAUUUCUGAAUGCUACAUGCUGGCAGCCAUGGCCUAUGAUCGCUACGCGGCCAUCUGCAGCCCACUGCUCUACAAGGUCAUCAUGUCCCCUAGGGUCUGUUCUCUGCUCGUGGCUGCUGUCUUCUCAGUAGGUUUCACUGAUGCUAUGAUCCAUGGAGGUUGUAUACUAAGGUUGUCUUUCUGUGGAUCAAACAUCAUUAAACAUUAUUUCUGUGACAUCGUCCCUCUUAUUAAACUCUCCUGUUCCAGCACUUAUAUUGAUGAGCUUUUGAUUUUUGUCAUUGGUGGAUUUAACAUGGUGGCCACAAGCCUGACAAUCAUCAUUUCAUAUGCUUUCAUCCUCACCAGCAUCCUGCACAUCCACUCUAAAAAGGGCAGGUGCAAAGCCUUUAGCACCUGUAGCUCCCACCUGACAGCUGUUCUUAUAUUUUAUGGGUCUCUGAUGUCCAUGUAUCUCAAACCUGCUUCUAGCAGUUCACUUGUCCAGGAGAAAGUAUCCUCAGUAUUUUAUACCACUGUGAUUCCCAUGUUGAAUCCCCUGAUAUAUAGUCUGAGGAACAAGGAAGUGAAAAAUGCCCUGAUGAAACUUGUAAGAAGAAAAACAUCUUCAUCUUUGUGACAAAUAUGUUCUUUAUUAAUAUCUAUUUAUGUAUUCAUAAUCAUGAUUAUAUGUAUGUUUAUACCUUGACUCUUUAAAAGUACUUUGAAAUCAGAUGAAAUUACAUAUAUUUAGGUUACUAAAUAUAUGCACAGAUAAUUACAUUGAAAAUGUAAAACAACAUAUAUGAAAGUGAAAAGUUAAAAAUAUUUUACAUUUAAAGUUAAUACCGUUUGAACAACAGUUUUUAUAAUUAGUUUCCUGAAUCCAAGCCCAAAAGGAAAUCACCAUCAUGGUGUACUACAUGGUCAUAUCAGAAGAAAAACACACCUAAUUUAAAAAAAAAAUUGACCUGUGUGAUGGAAAUUAUUACAACAAUUUUAUAAUAAAUGUGGGAGAAUUUUUCUUGAUUGUUUCUUGUAAAGGUCUUAUUAAAAGUCAAUAUUAUCUUACAGUAUAAUUCAAUGAAGAAGAUUCAACAAAGGACUAAACUAAUAUGGUCUCAGCAUUUGACAUCUGAUGAUUGAAGAAUAAGACUUACAGUGUCUAGAUGAACAGAUGAUGUUUAUAAUCUUAUAAAUAUCGUGGUUUUUUUUCCAUGA